AAUGAGUAGUGAUCUAAUAAAAGGAUGGGUGUCUUCUACUAAAUAUAUACGUACUUUUCCUGUUGGUUGCUUAAAAGCGGAUUACAUACUAAAAUCCCAGACUAGGAUAUUACACCAUUGUAGUUGGGAUAAGAAGAAGCUCUUACCGAUCACAACCUAUGAUGAACAAUCGCACGAUUGCAUCAUGCUCACAGGCGAUAGAACCUAUUAUGAAGCGGUUGCACUAUGUCAUGCCUACGGUAUGCACGUGGCAAAAAUAGACCAGGAACACAAAGCUCUAACAAAGUUAAUUUCUAGCCAACUAGAGACCCCGGUGUACGUGUGGACUAGCUUAAGAUUUAUUCAAAAAUCUCAACAAUGGACUUGGCAACAGUCACGUUGGAAAGAUAAUCAUAAAAUUUCAACCAAUAAUCAACAAUUUAAUUAUUUAGCACAGAUUAAUCAUUUACAUAAAUAUUGCUUUAAAGUUCGAAUAACUAUAAACGGUGAUUAUAAUUAUACGAUUGCUGAUUGUAAUGAGAGGUUGCCAACUAUUUGCUGGAGACCCUAUUUUGGUAAUUGGGGAGUUUGGAGUGAGUGGUAUCCAUGCCCACAAAAGGCUUGUAAAUCGGUGGAUAAAGAGAGGAUUAGAUUGUGUAAUUCUCCGUUUCCAUCUAAAGCAGAUUGCGUCCCAAAAUUUGGCAGGAUAGGAUUCAACGAUAUACGGAUGGAAGUGACGAAUAAACUAGAUGAUAAAUUAGCCAAUGGAUUAACUUUUAUAAUAGUUGUUGCUACGGUUACUGCUGUGUUUGGUAUUAGUUUUUUCGGUUGGUUUCAUGUAUCACGAAUUAGGAGGAAGUACGAGGAAGAGGAAGAGUUCGCCGAUUUGUCAGUUUAUAAAAUGAGGUGGCAAAGUCAUAACGCAGAUAAAUUCUCCUUUUGGAGUAAUUUGCCUGUAGGCUCGACUACAGUCAGUAGGAAUUCCGAUUCGUCAAGUUCGAGCGAUUCAACGCUAACGAUUAGCUCCAAGAACAGCGAAAAACGAUUCAGGUAA